AUGAGGUCUCUGCAGGCUGUGCUCGUGGCGGUCCUCGUCCUGCUUGCCGUCGCCGCGACGACAGACGCCGCGUGGGCGCCGAUACCGGAUCGCGACCUGAACGGCAUGGUGGUGCAGCAGGCGGGCCGGUUCGCCGUGCUCGUGCAUGACAUCACGCGCCGGACGACCCUGGUGUUCGUCAAGGUGGAGCGCGGCGAGAUGGAGCGGCCGGCGGGCGGCGGCCUCGGCACCAACUACAGGCUCGUGGUGACCGCGGCGAGGGCGCCCGGCGGGAGCAGGGGCCAGUACGAGUGCGUCGUGUGGGGCGUGCCCGGCUCGCGCACCAGCACCUGGAAGCUCCUCGGCUUCAAGGCGCUCUAG